AUGGAGGUGACUGCUCUUACUGGGGGUUUUGGGGAUUAUCAUCAUCCUCUCAAAGAUCAUCAUCAUUCUCUCAAGGAUCAUCAUCAUUAUCUGAGGGACUACAAAUAUCUUCUCAAGGAUUACCAUCAUUCUCUCAAGAAUCAUGAUCAUAAUCAUCCUCUCAGGGAUUAUCAUCGUCCUCCCUUGGAUUAUCAUCAUCCUCUCAGGGAUUAUCAUCAUCCUCUCAAGGAUCAUCAUCAUCAUUAUCCUCUCAAGGUUCAUCAUUAUCAUCAUUCUCUAAAGGAUUAUCAUCAUCAUCAUUUUCUCAGGGAUCAUCAUCAUCCUCUCAAGAAUCACACUCAUCAUCAUUCUCUCAGGGAUUAUCAUGAUCCUCCCAAUGAUUUUCAUCAUCAUUAUCCUCUGAGGGAUUAUCAUCGUCCUCUCAGGGAUCAUUAUCUUCAUUAUCCUUCCAGGGAUUAUCACCAUCCUCUCAGGGAUCAUCAUUAUCAUCAUAAUCAUCAUCCUUAUCCUCUCAGGGAUCAUCAUCAUUCUCUCCAGGAUCUUCAUAAUCAUGAUCUCAGGGUUCAUCAUCAUCGUCUGCUCAGGGAUGUGGUCAAGGUUGUCGAAAAAAUACUGUGUUUUACUGUUGUCCUGGAUUCCGGCAGCAGCAAUGAUUCCCUAAUGUAUCAUCCACCACACCACGCUACCGGUCUCAACAGAAAAUGUGGAAAUGGCGCAGCCACUUGA